AUGAAUUGCACUUAUCAUUUUCAAAACCAAGUGUCAUUUAUUUGUAUAGCUCCUCAUAAGUGCCCAUGCCAAAGGAAACUUUGUAAUGUGUGUCAAAAUAAUCACGAUGUGGAUAAGAAAUAGAUAAUUCCUUUAGAAAUUUUUUAGGAAAUGGCUUAAGAGAAAUUAUAACAAUAAAAGCUAGAUGAAAAAUCGAUGAUAACUUAGUAAAGAAUGGCUUUUAAGAAGAUGCUAUCUGAUACUUCAACUUUGCUGAAAAAAAUAUGGGAUGAGUUGUCUCAAUCCAUUCAACAAAUAUAUGAUGAGAUUGAAAAGGAAAACCAAUCUUAUAUUACUCUCGUCAACUGUAACAUGGCAGAAGCCUCUUAUACUGAUAUUGAAAAACUAGUAUCCAUUGUUGAGGGGAAAUCUUUAAUUGAUUGGAAGGAUAAGAAGAAUUAAUACAUGAGGAAGUUGGAAGAGAACAAGCUUAACUGCGAAAGAGACAUUUAGGUCUUGAUAGAACAAUUAUAGAGACAUUAAUAAAAUAUUAAGUAAUUCACUUAGUAAGUAUUUUUUUGUAUAUUAGGUCUUAAUAGGAAGAUGUGGGUGAAGAUGGACCCUUAAUAAAAAAAGAUAAUUUGUAUGAUAUUUUGAAUUCAGACAUUGAUACCUCAAUGUUAAAGGAGGUCGUCGGGAUAUUAAGAAAAGAGAAAUCUCUAAACAUACUUCAAUUCCUUGAAUAUAAAAAUAACAUAGAACUUUAUUAAUCCUUAAGUAAUAAUAAGAAGAAGAUAAGUGAGGUGAAAAGGUUAGUCCAAAGAUCUACUUAUAUGUUGAAAAAUAUCUUGGAGCAUCCUUUAAGCAAGACGAACUACUCUGAGGAAUCAAAUAAUAAGGUAAGGGAAGAUUUUGUUAAGAAGAUCAUUAAUAACUAAAAAAUAAUUGAUGUACUUAAAUUUUUAGUCCAUCUUACCAGUAUUGACGAGAGUUUCAUUUAAUGUGGAUCCAAUGCACUUAACUUAUUGGUAGAAAUGAAAGCUGAUUUGAGUAAUUAGAGUUGGGAAGACAUAAGGAUAAAAGAUACUUCUUUAAUUGGUGGAACUUUUGCAAGAUGCAACUUUAAUAACUCAGAAUUUGAUGGUGUAGACCUUAGUGGAGUUAAUCUUAAUGGAGCAUAACUGGUUAACUGCAAAUGGAAGAACAUUAAAAUAAAUGAGUUGAAUAAAUUGGAAGGUCAUGGUGACUGGGUGUUGUCAGUUAGUAUCUCUCCUGAUGGUAAGACAUUGGCAUCUGGGAGUGGUAAUUGGUAAAAGUAGAAGGGAGAUAAUUCUAUUAAUACUCUAAAUUCUCAAAUAUUUUGA